GUGCAAUGCUAGGUCGUCUGUUGUUGGAGGCGAUACUGGAGAAGCGAGAUUGUCAAGACUAGGUACUGAGGUAAGGUGAGGUAAGUAAGAAGGUAGGUACCUAGGCGAGGUGCUUUGUAGGUAGGCGCAGCCAACCUAAUGAAAGAAGACUGCACGUGGAACCUCAAAAGAUAUCAACAACAACAACAAACGGCGAAUCCAAAAAAACCUUCGCAGCAUUAAUAAUUCUAUAUCAUAAAAACCUCACGCGCAAUCCAAUCCAAUCCAAUCCAAUCCAAGCCCCCCUCCCAUUUUUGAUUCGACCUCAAUCCCGACAAGGUGAGUGAGCACGAGCACGAGCAUCUCUCGCGAUAUUGCGUGACAAGCGAGUGCCCCACCCAAACACCCAAAACUGGAGCCCCCUUCCCCCUCCUGUUUGCCUACACCGCACCUCUAAAAUCCAUGGACGAGAGGGUAAAGGGUACAAAAAAGUGGGUGAGCUUCUUAAUUACUUAUUCUCUCUUCCCUCUCUUUUCAUCUUUCCCGAAUUUUCGAAAUUCUAUUAAUUUAUUUUCAUCAUCAUCUCAUUAAAAACUCCCCGAAAAAAACCCCAACCCCAACCCCAACCCAAGACAAGAAAAACAAAACAAAGGAAGGAAUGGCACCUAGCGCUGACCCCCUCCUCCCCUUACCAGUAGACACCAACCAUACCCCACCAUCACAGCCAGCAGUGCCAGCCCAGGAAAUCGAAAUCGAAAUCGACCGCAACGGCAACGAGUUCAAAAGCCGCAACUCCUCACCUUUGAAGAAAAGCGGUGUUUUGGACGCAGCGUUUGAAUUCGAGGAUGUGACGCCUGUUAUUGGGAGGGAGUAUCCUAAGGCGAGGAUCGUGGAGGAUAUUCUUGGGGCGGAGAAUGCGGAUGAGUUGAUUAGGGAUUUAGCUGUUACUAUCAGUGAGCGUGGGGUGGUGUUCUUCAGGGCGCAGACUUCUCUUACGGAUGAUUUGCAGAAGGAACUGAUCCUCCGCCUCGGCGCCCUCACGGGCCGUCCCCCAACCUCAACAGUCCACAUCCACCCGACCCUAAACAACACCAACGAGUUCGGCGUCAGCGAUGCAGAAAUCAGCACGAUCUCGUCUCUACAUAGGAAGAAAUCGUACUUCACGCCUGAGAGGCAGUCGUUGCGUAGGAAUACGAAAGCGACUGAAGCGUCGUGGCAUAGUGAUAUUCAGUUUGAGGAGGUCCCGGCUGAUUACACGAGCUUAAGGUUGGUGGAGCUACCGGAGAGUGGGGGCGAUACGUUGUGGGCUUCUGGUGAGUGUUGUAGUUUUCGUUUUAUGUUAUCCUGUACUGCCUUAUCAAGUUGGUUUCGGUGGACUUGCCUGGACUGGAAAGGGCUACGACCUCGCUUAUUUGUUUACCUUCCAAACCUCUCAAAAACUCUACUUCCCUCGAAAUGCUAUAAAAAGGCAGCACUCACAACUCUGACCCCAACAGGCUACGACAUCUACGACCGCUUCUCUGCGCCCUACCAGCGCCUCUUCGACAGCCUAACAGCGACCUACUCCGGCGAAGGAUUCCUCAAAGCCGUCGCCUCCGGCCGCGCAAAACUUUACACUGGAGCUCGCGGCUCACCCCUCAACACCGGCGGGAAACUCUCAGCCGUACAUCCACUCGUUCGGACCAACCCCGUCACAGGAUGGAAGAGCGUUUUCGGGAUUGGGAAUUUCCCGAAAUAUAUCAAUGAGCUGGAUCCUGAGGAGAGUGAGGAGCUGUUGGCGAGGCUGUAUAGGGUUAUUGAGGGGAAUCAUGAUUUGCAGUGUCGGUUUAAGUGGAGGAAUAGAAAUGAUAUUGCUAUCUGGGAUAACCGCUCCGCAUUCCACUCCGCGACAUUCGACUACGAGGGUCUUGGCGAGAGGGCGGGACAUCGUGUCGUGGGCAUUGGUGAGAAGCCGUAUUUUGAUCCGGAGAGUAAAUCGAAGGCUCAAGCGCUUGCGGAAGAGGCUGCUGCGAAGGAAGCUGCUGUUGGUAAAGGACGAGAGGGGGAUGUGGCUGCGUAGGAGGGAAGGGUUGAUAGAUAGGAUUCGAAAGGGAGAGCGAAAGGAAUUUGCUGGCGACGUCAUUACAGUUUUCACAUCAUUUAUAAGAUAAU